CACUAUAAAGUGGACGAGUUGGGAUUUACUAGUUGUCUUUUAUACAAGAAAUGCCGGCUGAUGUUCUGAGGUUCACCAUGGUACGACCGUUGGACCCCUCAAAUGGCUGCUGUACCGGACUACUCACCGAUCUCAUCAUACUCCUUGUGAUCAUCCUGCAUGUGCGAAGAGGCGUCGCCUCCGAAUGGCCUGUACCCGACAUAUUUUAUGAUACCAAGGUUAUACCGGAGGAUAAAGAAGUCACCGCCUAUUUAUUUAGAAAUGAGAUAGAGAGCGUAUUUUUCCUACCGGACGAUGAAACACCAGUGAGUAUCAGCGUCACCCCGUGUGCAUCCGCUUUAGAAUGGAACGUGACUUACUCUACAUAUAACAAAAGUGAACGAGGAGGGCGCCCUUAUUUUAAUCAUACGGGUGCCGGGAAGCACACGUUCACAUUGAGUGGCAAGUUGAUCUUCAAGAUAUCUUUGAGGCCCCUAACAAGCGAUACUAGGGUUCAUUUCUUUGCAACAAAAAAACUGAAUUCUGUUGCCUACCCGGCGCUUCCCAAAGACUACAAAGUAGAAGGAGCCGAGGUACAGCGCCGACGAAUAUCUGUGUCGUGGAAGGCAAGUCCGGAGGAGACGCCCUAUGACAACAUCAUCACUUACUGUGUUGCAAUCAGUAGAGGCAGAUCUUAUCCUACCCACUGUUCACUAAAUGCACAUUUAUAUGGAGACAGUUAUAUGAAACCGCCUGUGGGCGCCGGUUUCGGAUUCGCAAAGGAAAAAAGGCGAUUUAGAGAGAUGGAGAGAAAGGCGAGGCCUGUGGCGGCUGCAAAGCGAGGACAAAUAAUAUACAAGUGUAUUGGAAGCCGCACAAAUUAUAUAUAUACACGGGCAAAGCCUAAUACAAAGUAUUUCAUUGAUGUUUACGUCAUCAAUAAUAACACAAACCGCACAAGUGCGUAUACUGGCUUAGAGCUGAAGACAAUGAGAGCGAAAAAAGUCAAGCAUCUAAAGUUUAACAAAGUAAAUAAAGUAACGUUAAGUCGACCAAGACAGAAGGAUGUUCUGAAGUUUAAACUGACUUCGUUUACAAGUAAAGUGUUUCUUGCCAUACAUGCAUGCAGAGGAAAGGUCAAAUUUCAAGUAAUGCGCAGAGGGAAAACUAUAGUGAAUACGAGAAUAAGGAAUAUUAAGAAGAUCACUUUAAGGGAUUUGGAACCAGAUGAUUACCUUGUGAAAAUAACUAAUUCACGAAAAGGAAAACGGAAUGUACGAGUGAUCAUAAGUAAUAGUACAAAAGUGUUUCAACAGUAUCCAAAUCUACCAAAUGAUACCAGGGUACUGGUGUUCGAUGAACAGACCACGUGUAACAAUGUGACAAUUGCGUGGCUGGAGGCGGGAGAAAGACAAACGUAUUGUCUUUACAAGAAAGAAAUACCCGCAAGCACCAAACGGAAACGGCGGCGAAAUAGAUCAGAUUCUUGUAAAACGUCGGUUGUAAAAAGUAGUGAAAAAAUCACUUGUAGAAAAUUUAGUAGAAGACAUAGGAAUACUAAGACAGGAGUUACGACCUAUGAAAUCACAGGCUUAAAGUCUGGCACCUCCUAUCAAUUUGACAUAUUAGUUAGUCGGCGAAAAAGACACCCAUUGCCGUACCAAAGUGUUGUUACUCAAACAAGAAGCGAUUGCUGAAACAUGUGAGUGAAAGGCGAGUGUAAGAUAUAUAUAUGUAUUCUGAAUGUCAGUCUUAAGGAGAUCUGUGAUUUUGCCACUAAAAGCGGGAAUGCAUUUCCGGAAAAAAACUGUGCCACUGUGAUGUCGUUUAAUCUAGACUGGAUUAUCUUAUAUAUUUACUUCCUGCUAAACUCACAAUAAACAUUGCAGAGAGUAAUAUCACUAAAACAGGUAAUCCAGGUUAUUUUGACCAAGCUGAGGAAUAUGGUCCUCGCAACACUUUGUCAUUAAAUAUCUCACAUGUUGACUCCUAUCCGUUGAUAGAUCGACCAUGUCUCACGUUUAGAAUUAAAUGACUAUUCGAAUUACUUCCCGAAAAGGUUUUCAAAAUUAAGAAAGGGGUGCUGCAUCAUACGAAAAUCCAUCUGACAAAAGUUGUAAACCGUUAUUUUUCACCAUUGCUAUAUGAUACAUAGACAGAACGACCUGCUCAGUUUGGGUUAUACUCUUUGUAAGGGGAAUAACUCUUUAAUCGCCUCAUGUCCGAGUAAGGUUGUAACAUUCCGAGAGCCUGAAGUUUGGGGGCUGUUGAGAGGAUAAAGGAAAGAUGACUAGGAAUAUAAAGUUUUACA